AACAAAAAAAUAAAAAAAUAAAAAGAAGAAACUGAUCUAAAAGUCUUGCUGCCCGCUGCUAGUCUCAUUCUCAAUCUGAAAAUUCAGGGUCGUCCUCUUCUUCUUCCAUCGCACCCACCGGAUACUAGAAGGGCGCUUAAGUCAGCCUUGUCUCUGAGUCUUGUCUUCAAUGUUCACACUUGCUUGAAAAUGAAGCGCAAGAAAUGGUCAGAGCUCGAAGAAAAGACCCUUCUCACAAAAUAUUCUGAGCUUCUCAGCUCUGGAGCUCUAGCCAAGCUCAAAACCCGUGAGAAAAAAUUCAAGCCCAUAGCGGAGCAUGUGAACUUAGUGCACAACCUUGAGGACCCUGUAACCUUCCCUUUCAAAUGGUCCUGGCGCGACGUGUCAAUCAAGGUCCAAAACAUGCGUCACCAGUAUCUGGGAGUCAAGCAGAAGAUCCGGGUCUCCAAGGACGAGUUCAACUGGAAGGACGGUGAAAAUCACUGGGAGAAUUUUUUGAAGUACAAGGAAGUGUUUGGUGAUGUGGAGCUUGAUGCUAAGGCCAAGAGGUUGUGUGAAAAUGACAACUUUGAUGUUUUUGGGGAUUGUGGGGACUUAGGGUUUGGGAUUGACUGUGAGGAUUUAGAGGAAGAAGAAGAUGAAGAAGAAGAUGAACAUUUGGAAGAAGAAGAAGAAGAAGAUGGUACUGGUGGUGAUGACGAUAAUCGUGGCGAGGAAUUGGGUAAAAGUGAAGUUGGUGAGUUUCGGGGUGAAAGAGAAAAUGGGGACAUGGGAACGGCUCAAAAAAGGAAAUUGAGUAAGGUUGGAUUGCAUAGGAGGUUGGGGUUGAUGAGUGCUCAGGUGUUGGACUUGCAGAAUAUGGUUGUGAACAGGGAAGAGGGGAGGAGAGAGAGGGAGUAUAGGAUAGAGAAAGGUGAGGCUGAGAGAGAGGAUAGGAGAAAAGAAGUUGAGUUUAGGAGAGAGAAGAUGAGAAAUGAGAAGGAGGACUUAUUAGAAGAUAGAGAAUUGGAGUUACAAGAAAGAGAGGUCAUGUGGACAAGAAGGGAGUUUGAGAAAAGGUCGAGGUUACAGGGGGAGUUCGAUGAAGAGCGUCAGAGGAGGAUGAGGAUGGAAGAGAGGAGGGAGGAGGAGGAGUUGGAGUGGCGGGAGAGGAUGGUGGCUUUGCAAAUUCAUCAUGAGAAGCAGAUGAUGCAAAUGCAUGCUGAGGCAUGCCAGAACCAAAUGCAGAUUCUUGGGGUCAUGGCUAGGUUUGUUUGUCAAUUUUUUGGGUCGAUGAAUGAUGGCCUUGGAGGUGGUUUAGGGACUCUGCCACCUCAAAUUUUGCAGAAUUUGCAGCAUCCAGGCGGACUGGGUGACAAUGGGAAGCCGGAUUCCAAUUCGCCUUCUGAGUUCCUCUAGACUCUAAUUUAAACUCCUUGCAUAGUGUAUAUAUACUUCAGAACUGUUUUUUAUUGUAUUGAAUAUGUUUGUACUAUUAUGAUUGAGAACAAUAACUUUUCAAAGCUAUACGAGCGGUGACUACUCUUAAGUCUGGAAUGAUGGUUAAGUGCUUUUUGGGGCAGUC